UUCUCCACAAUGUUCAGAUCUUCCGCCAUUCAUCUAUCACCUUCAAGAGUUCUUUGUUCAUGAUAGUUCAAUCUAGUAGUAUUUAUAUGUGCGGAGAUCCAUCGUUUUAUAUCGGUCAAGCCCCCCCCCCACUCUAUCAUUUUAUCAGCGGCGACGGUUAUCGAGACAGCGUUUCAACCAAUUAAUUAACCCCGCUAUCGAUUUCCGCGACAAUUUCACCGCAAGUGCGACAGAUUCAUCCCACCGUCCCUGCGACCGGUGAACCUCUCAAACCGGUGGGUUCCUUUGCCAAGCGGACAUAUCUGCAGCCAAUUUGACUAUAAGGGGUCGAAUCCCCCUACAGGUUUGAGAGUCUCUUGCUGACGAUAUACUCAAUAGUGCAGGCUCACGACGCGCGUUCCAUCCUUUUCUGCUCUAUCGCGCGGAGACCAAAUUACUUCUUCCGACUACGAAGGACUCCCUGGUUGGAUACCUUAUUUCUCUCCUUAAAUGGCAUCCCAAGCACAAGCCCAGGCUCAGGCUCAGGCCCAGGCCCAGCGACCCAAGGUCCAGCCUUGUCGGUACAAGACGGGGAAGACUCUGGGCGCCGGAUCUUACUCCGUUGUGAAGGAGUGCGUACACAUCGACACUGGUCGGUACUAUGCCGCGAAGGUGAUCAAUAAGCGACUGAUGGCGGGGCGCGAACACAUGGUUCGUAACGAGAUCGCUAUACUCAAGAAGGUGUCAAUGGGUCAUCAGAACAUUUUGACCUUGGUCGAUUACUUUGAAACUAUGAAUAACUUAUAUCUGGUCACCGAUCUUGCACUGGGUGGCGAGUUGUUCGACCGUAUUUGUCGGAAAGGCAGCUACUUCGAAUCAGAUGCUGCGGAUCUUAUCCGCGCCAUUCUGUCGGCUGUGGCCUACUUACAUGAUCACGGUAUCGUACACCGUGACUUGAAGCCCGAGAAUCUGCUAUUUCGCACUCCGGAGGACAAUGCGGAUCUCUUGAUUGCGGACUUCGGUUUGUCUAGAAUCAUGGAUGAAGAACAGUUCCAUGUUCUCACUACGACUUGCGGUACACCUGGGUACAUGGCGCCUGAGAUUUUCAAAAAGAGCGGCCACGGAAAGCCAGUGGAUAUCUGGGCCAUCGGCGUCAUCACCUACUUCUUACUCUGCGGCUACACCCCCUUUGACCGUGACUCCAACCUGGAAGAGAUGCAGGCCAUCCUUGCAGCUGACUACUCUUUUACCCCGAUCGAAUAUUGGCGCGGUGUCUCGCAGCAUGCCCGGGAUUUCAUCAAACGGUGUCUGACCGUCGAUCCCGAAGCACGCAUGACCGCCCACGAAGCCCUCCAACACAUCUGGGUCAACCCACCGUACGACCCACACGCCGACCAGUCCGGUCAAGACUUGCUCCCGACCGUCAAGAAGAACUUCAACGCCCGUCGGACACUUCACAAGGCCAUCGAUACCGUUCGUGCGAUCAACAAGCUCCGCGAAGGUGGCGGCCUGAUGAUGGACGGGGUGAUGAGCGUAGACCCGAAACCGGAAAGGGUCAACGGCAACCAUGUCGUCGAGGAACGAUCACACGACGACGGACAGAUGGACCUCGACAGCCGCAGCGAUGCACGCGGCCAGACAGAGGAACAGAUCCGGGCACAGGAGCAGAGAGUGAAACAGAUGGUAGCCGGCCUGUGGAGUAGAACUGCGAAGAAAUGACGAGGGAAAAAAAAACGAAUCUGAUGAUAGAUAUGCCAAGAUUUCUUCCCACCUUUUUUGCUUAUAAUCAGGCUUUCCAUUUUUCGUUUGCUUCUUUGCGUGUCUUAUACAGUUUUUGUUUCUUGCUUGGCGGGUUUUUCUACCAUUGCUUCCUAAGCCCUGGAUGAGGGAGGAAAGGUCUAUAUAUGCCCAUUGUUUGAGCUCUGAUGAUUGCCAUACCUUGAUUAAUUGGUAUAUAAAGCAUCUUCGGUAUAUAUAGACAUAUGUAUAUCGCUACUGCGGGAGGUCUUGAUACAUUUAGAGUAAGAAUAAGUUCAAAAAAUAGUGAACUAUCUCACACACAUUCGCACUAUA